AUGGAAGAUCCGAACCAAUGGUUCAUACAACAAACAAACGACCGAAAACGAGAGGCCUGCCGCGACUUCCCUCGCAGAGUCAAGAAGUGGUUUCUCGCUCUCGCUGUAUUCGAAGUCGUUCGUCAAGGCAGUACGCCCGGUGCGCCCUUGAUCUUCGGUGCUCUGCGCCCCCGGCCUGAUUCGCUUACUCAAUUCCCCUUCGUUCGACUGGAACUUCACUCGCAACAACCGAAGAUCAGUCUGGAGUUCAGAUGGGAAGAGGGCGGCAUGAAUGUUCACUCCGAAUUUGUUAUCACCACGCAUUGCAUCAAGCAGAUCCCAAGGUUGCUGUUCUCAAAUGCCAAGUAUUAUCUUGGACCUCCGCCAUCCGCACCCGACCUCCGAGCUGAGAGCUUUCGCGCCUAUGCCGAAGCCGACCGAAUCCUCGAGUUCGUUCCCAACUGCGAUUUCGUAGUCGUCACCCUGGAGCUGAGCAACUCAACGCGCCCCGUGUGGCAGAAAACCGCGCUCGUGGACAAGCCCGCCUCCCUCCAGCGAAACGCCACCGCCUUAAACGGAGCGAAGACAAUCUCGCUUGUUAUUGAUCUUAACGCUCACAACGGGGAUUAG